AUGGCAAAACUCGGCAUUAUAGCAUCCGUGGUCCAAAUCGCUGACGUUGGCUUACGUCUAAGCAUCAAGCUCUACACCUUCGGUGAAAUUGUUUCGAACGCAGAUAGAUCCGUCAUCUCCAUAUCCAAAGACGUAUCCCUCACCUCUUCCGUUCUCAAAGAGCUGGGAUCGUUGCUUGAUAAAGAUGAAUCGAGUCGGAUAGUCUCGGAGAAUGCAGUGCAGACCGCUGGUAAGGUCGUGAAAGAGUUUUGGAGGUUUUCGAAGAGAUAG